GUCUACUGACACCAUGGCGAGUGUGCGCGCUGCGUCCCGGCUGCUCUCCAACAGGGUUUCCAAAGCUGUCCCUGUUGCUGCUGCCCAAGCUUCCAGGAGCUUUCACUUCUCCAUCUAUGGCAAGAAGAAAAGUGCCAAAAUUUCUGAUGAUAUCUCAACUCAGUACCCAGUUGUGGACCACGAGUUUGAUGCCGUGGUCGUAGGAGCGGGAGGAGCAGGGCUGCGGGCAGCGUUUGGUCUGUCUGAGGCCGGUUUCAACACCGCCUGUGUCACCAAGCUGUUCCCCACUAGGUCUCAUACUGUUGCUGCACAGGGUGGGAUCAAUGCUGCUCUGGGAAACAUGGAGGAGGACGACUGGAGGUGGCAUUUCUAUGACACGGUGAAGGGAUCCGACUGGCUCGGUGACCAGGAUGCUAUCCACUACAUGACGGAGCAGGCUCCCGCAGCUGUAGUGGAGCUGGAGAACUUUGGCAUGCCAUUCAGCCGCACUGAGGAUGGGAAGAUCUACCAGAGAGCCUUUGGAGGUCAGAGUCUCAAGUUUGGAAAGGGAGGCCAGGCCCAUCGCUGCUGCUGCGUAGCAGACAGGACGGGACACUCACUGCUGCACACACUUUACGGGAGGUCACUUCGGUAUGACACCAGUUACUUUGUGGAGUACUUUGCCCUGGACCUCCUGAUGGAAGAUGGCGAGUGUAAAGGAGUCAUUGCUCUGUGCAUGGAGGACGGGUCUAUUCACCGCUUCAGAGCCCAGAACACCGUGAUUGCCACUGGAGGUUAUGGAAGAACCUUUUUCAGCUGCACAUCUGCCCACACGAGCACAGGAGACGGAAACGCGAUGGUGACCAGAGCUGGGCUGCCCUGCCAGGACCUGGAGUUUGUGCAGUUCCAUCCCACUGGGAUCUAUGGAGCCGGCUGCCUGAUCACAGAGGGUUGCCGUGGUGAAGGAGGAAUCCUGAUCAACAGCGAGGGAGAGCGCUUCAUGGAGCGUUACGCACCCAACGCCAAAGAUCUCGCCUCCAGAGACGUGGUGUCCCGUUCCAUGACCAUAGAGAUCAGAGAGGGCAGGGGGGUCGGUCCACACAAGGACCACGUGUACCUGCAGCUUCACCACCUGCCUCCUCAGCAGCUGGCCACGAGGCUUCCUGGCAUCUCGGAGACGGCCAUGAUCUUUGCUGGAGUUGACGUCACAAAGGAGCCCAUUCCUGUCCUGCCCACAGUUCACUACAAUAUGGGAGGAGUACCCACAAACUACAAAGGACAGGUGAUUGAUCACACCGAUGGCAAGGACAAGGUGGUGCCUGGAUUGUACGCCUGUGGUGAGGCGGCGUCUGCCAGCGUCCACGGGGCCAACAGGCUGGGAGCCAACUCUCUGCUGGACCUGGUGGUGUUUGGGAGAGCCUGCGCCCUCACGAUUGCUGAAGAGCACAAACCUGGAGAGAAACUGUCCCCUCUGAAGCCCAGCGCAGGAGAGGCGUCUGUGGCCAACCUGGAUAAGCUCCGGUUUGCCAACGGAAGCCUGAGAACCUCUGAGAUCAGGCUCAACAUGCAGAAGACGAUGCAGAAUCACGCUGCCGUGUUCCGUACCGGCCCCGUUCUCAAGGAGGGAUGUGAGAUGAUGGACGGCAUCUACCAGAGUAUGGAGGAUAUGAAGACCUUUGACAGAGGCAUCGUGUGGAACACAGACUUGGUGGAGUCUCUGGAGCUGCAGAACCUGAUGCUCAAUGCUGUCCAGACCAUCCACGGUGCCGAGCAGAGAAAGGAGAGCAGGGGAGCUCACGCCAGGGAGGACUUCAAGGAUCGUAUCGAUGAGUACGACUACUCCAAGCCCCUGCAGGGUCAGCAGAAGAAGACCUUUAAUGAGCACUGGAGGAAGCACACCAUGUCCUACGUCGACCCCAAAACUGGGAAGGUGACGUUGAAGUACCGCCCCGUUAUCGACACCUCUCUGGACGAGCAGGACUGCGCUCACGUCCCUCCAGCCAUCCGCUCCUACUAAGAUCUCCUCAUCUUGUCCUCCCCCUGCUCCGUCCCCUCUCCUUUCACUUCCUCCUCACUCAGUUACAGAAUGCUCAAUUAACAACUAUUUAAGAAGACAACCUUUCUGUAAUAGAGACUACAAGUAGUGACUUUCUUGCACAUUUGUGUUCAUUUAGAGAUGUUUAAAUACAAAACUGUCCUGUCAACUUGAGCUGGUUGUGUCACAUUCCUGUUCCGAAAGCAAAUUCUGCCUUUUUAUUUAAAACAGUAAGGUUCUUAUAGCCUCUCUCAUGAGGAGCUGAUCUUGUACAUAUUAUAAACUCCAGAUGAGUAGGGACUGAAUUUUCAGCUCCUGACUGUCGAACAACAAAAAGAGAAGUGAAACGCGUGUUUCACCUGCAUCUGCCUUGCUUCUUGUGGUGACGCCACACUGUCAUUUCAUAUUCUCAAUCGUGUUAAAUGCUUCUAUAAAUUCAUGGCUUUUGGGCUGAGUGAACGGAGACCGUGUGGGUAAUGAGACUGGUUGCACUGCUAUAAGUGCAUAGCGCGGAGAUGGAGGGACGUUUAAGUAUGUGUAAAUAUUACCGAAAUGUACAAUAAAUAUGGUGAGUUAAAAUG